UGAACUUCAUAUUUUGAUGAAGUAUGGCAUGGUUUGUAUGGUAUAUAUUUCCUUAAUUUUUGGAUUGCAAUGGUAAUUUACUCAUUAUUAUCCAUGCAUCUCAAGUUUUCUUCGGUUAAUAAAAUAACUUUCAUGUCAUUAUAUAUGCUCAUGUUUUGCUGUCUUAUCGUGUUCCCAUAUACGUGUGUGCAAUUGCGUUGAUUCAGACUUUCUUUCCUGGUUACUUGCCUUGUGUGAUACUCCCGUGCUCCUUGCUCAUGGGUCGGAAUGUGCCUGUGGGAAACAAGGAGAUAACGGGAAACAAGAUAAGCCUUUAUGCAGUCUAUAACGUGAAACAAGAUAAGCCUUUAUGCAGUCGGCUGCAUGUGUGGCCACAUUUAGCUGGGGAAAAAAAUCUCGGAAACAUAAAAAAGCGGAUUUGGAUAUAGAAUCGGGAAAUAUCUCGGCACCGUCAUCCUAGCUACCUCACCCGAGAAGCACCGUAGCGCGCCAUGGCCACUCUCUUGGGCAGCUCGCCGGCGUUCCUCGCCCGCCCCGUCGCCAAGCCGCACAGCAUCUCCUGCGCGCAGGCCCCGCGCCCGCCCAGCGCCCAGAACCAGCCUCCGCCCGGCGAGCAGCAGCAGCAGUCCGUGCAGGCGCAGCCGCAGCCGGCGGCGAGGCCGAAGCGCGCGGGCGGCGCGGACUCCACGGACUGGGUGGCCUCGUCGCUGACGCGGCGGUUCGGGAUCGGCGCCGGGCUGGCGUGGGCGGGGUUACUGGCCGUCGGCGUCGUGUCCGAGCAGCUCAAGACCCGCUUCGAGGUCGCGCAGCAGCAGGCCAACACCAAGGACGUGGAGCAGGAGCAGGAGGUCGUGCUCCCCAACGGGAUCCGGUACUACGAGCUGCGCGUCGGCGGCGGCGACGCCCCGCGCCCCGGCGACCUGGUGGUGAUCGACCUGCAGGGCCGGGUGGCCGGCGGCGGGGAGGCGUUCGUGGACACGUUCGGCGAGGGCAAGCGACCGCUGGCGCUGGUGAUGGGGUCCCGGCCCUACACCAGGGGCAUGUGCGAGGGCGUCGAGUACGCGCUGCGCACCAUGAGGGCCGGCGGCAAGCGGCGGGUGGUCGUGCCGCCGGGGCUCGGGUUCGGCGACGACGGCGCCGACUUCGGGGAGGAGCACGUGCAGAUACCGCCCGGCGCCACGCUCGAGUACGUCGUGCAGGUCGACAAGGUGUCCAUCACGCCGGCGUGAGGCACGACUGAGGGGCGAGUUGAUACAUCACAGUUCUUUUGAAGCCAUGAGACGAGUUUCUACUCGAUUGUGAACUUCACACUGCUAUCUCGUUAAAUGAAUUGUUUUUGGGAAAUUUUCCGCUUAGAAACAGAAUUUCCCCCCCCUGCCUUA